AUGACCACCUCUCUCUCACACGCUGCCUCCCCGGCCAGCACCUCCAUUCCAUCUGCAUUCACCGUGUAUGACAAUGGCUUUUAUAACAUCCUCGGCUCAGCCCCGAAGCUGGAGGUUAUCUUGGAGAACAAUGACCUUCCCUUCGCCCACGAGGCAAGCGUCUAUGUCCCAACAACAGAUGAACUGUUCGUGUCCAGUAACAUGUUCACUGACCCAGUCACCAAUGAAACGACCAUCAAGAUCUCAAAGGUGAACGUGACCGCAAACCCCGUCACCGCCGAGAUCCUCAACUCGACCAUUCCCAUGCCCAAUGGCGGCGUAAACCACGAUGGUGGUAUCCUCUGGACCAGUCAAGGCACCAUGAACACCACAGGUGGUCUAUGGCAGAUGUCCGCACAAUCGCCCAACAAGGCCGAGUUCAUCGUGGGAGGCUUCUACGGCCGCCAGUUCAAUUCCCUUAACGACGUUGUUGUUGCCGGUGACGGCUCCUUCUGGUUCACGGAUCCCAUCUAUGGCUGGCUCCAGGGUAUUCGGCCGAAGCCCAAGCUGCCAGCUCAGGUUUACCGGUAUGAUCCUGUUACCAAGGCUGUGCGCGUUGUUGCGGAUGGACUCGCUCGGCCUAAUGGAAUUUCUUUCUCGCCUGAUGAGAAGACCGUGUAUAUUUCCGAUACUGCCGAGACAAUUGGUGAUGGGACUACUGAUGUGCUGAAGCCUGCCACUAUCUAUGCUUUCGAUGUGUCCACCAUCAACGGACAGCCUUUCUUAACUAACCGUCGGGUCUUUGCCAUGCCUAGUGAUGGUAUUCCUGAUGGUCUCAAGGUUGAUCAGUACGGUAAUGUGUACGCUGGCUGCGGUGACGGUGUCAAUGUCUGGUCGUCUGGUGGUGUCUUACUGGGAAAGAUUUUGGUUAACGGUGGCUCUUCAAACUUCUCUUUCGGCAAGAAAGGGCAAUUGUACAUUCUCAACGAGCACAAGCUCUACCGUGCGCAGUUGAAUGGCACUCUGCGCAGCACUCUUUGGUAG